AGCGAUGCAAUAAUUAGUAGGGUGCAAACAGCUUUAAAAGGGCGCUGGAGAUCUCUGAUUUCUCAACAGCUUCUUGGCAGAAAGUUUUUCAGCAGAAGAAAGUUUGGGAUUUGCAACCUGUGAUUCUCUCUAUCUUUCUUCCUCUCUCUCUCUCUCUCUCUCUCUCUCUCAUAGCAGGAAAAGAGAUGGGCAGUGGUUAUUUUGGAGAGCCAAACUUGGGAAAUGAAAGAGGUGGAUCUUCUUCGAGGAAAGGCAAGAAGAAUAAUUCAGACAAGCCAAAGCAACCACAGAGAGGUCUUGGAGUUGCUCAAUUAGAGAAGAUCAGAUUACAAGGUCAAAUGGGUUGUGCAUACCAUCCAACCCUUCAUGGGCCAUAUCCCACUAAUUUCAACAAUGAGGAUAUGAGAGCGCAAUAUUCAUCAAUACCAUCAUCAUCUUUUUCUUACUCAUCGUCUUCGUCUUCUUCGUCAGCGUCUUAUGGAUUCCAAUACCCCAACAUCAUGAUGGGGCCAGGAGAAUAUGAAAGAACAAAUAUCAGAUAUGGUGAUUCCCAUCCUACUACUACAGCAAGAUGGGACCCCAGCAAUGCCAGUAGUACCUUAGAGGCUCAACAUUUUGCACAGCCAAGCAUGACUAGACACCUUCUAAAUCUACAUCUAGAGGACGCGCAAGAUAAAAACAGCAAGAAACCCAGGAGUAAUUCUGUGGGUUCAAGCAGUCAGAAUUCUGAAUCAAGUGACAAUCAGGAAGUAGAUUUGGAGCUCAGACUGUCACUUUAAUUGAUCAGAAAUUGUCGUUUGCCUCUCAAUCGCAAGGGUUCUAAAUGCUAAUUAUCAAAUGGCAAAAUGUUCACAAAGUUGGGAAGGCAAUGAACUUGUUAAUGGAUCAGACUGCAUGCGUACAUGAUUUGGUACAAGACAAUGAAAAUUUUCUUCUUGUUCAUCAACUGUCAAGAAAUGAGAAUUCCAUUAUUAUUAA